AUGGUAGAUAAUGGUUAUGAGAUAAAUUCAACCAAUAGAAAUAUUCUUCUUAGAUUGUGCAAUGGGAGUUUGCAGAGAAUAUCAGAGUGCCAUUCCUUGUAUGAUCCACUCCACUAUGUUCUAUUUCUCUCUGAAGGCGAUGAUG